UGGAAUAAAAACCAGUUUAUACAAAUACUGGCUUCUAAUGAACUUCUCUUUCUCUUAUUUAAGGCUAACUGCUUUUCCAAAUAUUCAAAAGCUCCAGUAAUAUGCAAGUUGGUUGGAAGGAAAGUCCUUGAUGGAGUUGGUCGACCGACAUUAGAAGUGGAAAUAUACUGCAUAAUUAAAAAUUAUGAGAAGAGGGUUUGUUCCACUGUAAUCUCUUCUCAUUCUCAAAUUCUUGAAAAUGCUUUAUCUGAAGCAACUGAGGCUGAUGAGAAGGAAAGAAAUGAUUCUGUUAACACUGCUGUGGAAUGGGUGAAUGAAUCUCUGAACACAUUGCUAAGAGACUUGAAGCCCACUGAGCAGUGUGAAGUUGAUAAGAUACUUGGUGAAUAUUUUAUAAAAAAAGUUGAAUGUUUCUGUUUUAUUGUUGAAAACCUCUACAGCAAAGGGAAAGUUUGUAUGAAGUUCCUCCUAGGAAUUAAAGUAGCUGGGAAGACGGUGUUGGGUGCAGAGAGAACGAUCCCACCUGAGGAGCCCACGGAAUCGGUGCUUCGGGGCAGCUCAGCCAUUGGGGCAACGUCACUUGCUGCAGCUAAGGCAGGGGCUGCUAUUAGCCAUAUCCCCCUGUACUCAUACAUUGCACUGCUGAAACGUGAUCAGGAUUCACCUAAGGAAUUGGCUGUGCCUCUGCCAAUGGUUAGUCUUUUGAACUGUGGGAAAUUUUCACCUGGAAAACUGAAACUAAUGAAGGAAAUUAUGCUCAUACCACCAGUUCAGUUAUCACUCAAAGAGAGUAUAGAAAGGGCUCUGGAUAUUCAGAGAGAAGUGGUGAAGCUGUUGGAGGCUCCAUGCAAAGGGCCCAGUCCUCAGCCAGCAGACAAGAAGAAAAGUGGGGUGCAUGGUACAGGGAGGAAAGUUCUGCUGUUUUAUUUGCAGCCACCAGCCAUAAAAAGAAUAUCACACUUAGGCUGCCUUGUAACAGGAUUUGAUAACCUAGAACAACCUCUGCUCCUGAUUCAAGCAGCUUGCAGUAACAUAGGUCUGGAGCUAGGAACAGACAUGUACUUAGCAAUAAAUUGUGCUGCUCAUGAAUUGAUAGAUUACCAUAAAGGAAAAUACGAAGUUAUCACUGGAACAUUCAAAAGUCCUGAUGAAAUGGUUGAUAUGUAUGUGGAACUGAUUGCUAAUUUUCCUUCUAUUAUUGCAUUAGUGGAUCCCUUAAGAAAAGAGGACAGACAGCAGUGGGACAACGUGUGUGAUGCCCUGGGUUCCCAGUGUCACCUGCUUGCUGAAGAUGCAGCCAUGGGUAUUUCCAGACCUGUCACUGACCAAGAUGUGAACUUGCCAAAAUGCAGCGGCGCUGUCCUAAAAUAUCUUAAUCAAACAAAGGUAUCGGAUCUCCUGGAACUUACUGGACUUCUGCACGGUCAAAGACAUAUUACCAUACUGGGGAGUCCUGAUGGAGAAUCUUCUGACGAUAGCCUCGUGGAUCUGGCUGUUGGACUGGGUGCCAAGUUUAUCAAGUUGGGAGGUCUUUGCCGUGGAGAAAGGGUGACCAAGUACAACCGCCUCCUCGCUAUAGAAGAAGAACUGGCCAAGAACAGCACGCUACGUACGAGCUUCUUUCUUACUUUGUUUUCAGCUUGCCAUGAAUACAAGAACAAAGAUUGCAGGGCGAGUGAUUGAAACUGCACGGCAGGAGGGAAACGGAAUCAAAAGACUAUAAAUAAGUGCUGACAAAAAAACCUAGGACAGCACUUGCCACAAUGUAUAUUGUUGUCCUAAUGGAUUAUCUGUUUACUGAAUGUUAAAAUAGGACCCUUCUUGAGAAGUAGCCUACAUUAAGUUUCUUUUUUUUUUUCAGAAUUAAUUGGUUAGAGUCUUG